AUGGUUGAUUGCGCAUCAUUAAGCCCCUCGCGGGCGGCGCCCGUGGCCCGCGCUUUCCGAGGCGACCGGGGGGCUCGCCUAGGUGGCCGCCUCCUCGGGCUCCGCGAGCUCGUGCCAGUCGCCGGCGACGCUCUCCUUCCAGAGGCUCACGGCGUCGUCGCCCGAGCUCACGGCCAGCACGCAACCGGCGACGGACCACGCGACGCGCCAGACAGGGGCGUCGCAGGUCGUCACGACGCGACUCGCCCAGGGCCCGUUCAGAUCGUUGCGCGUCCAGACGAGGACCGACUUGUCGUCCGAGCACGAGAUCAGGCACGGCUUCGGCUCGCCGUAGAACGGCGAGAAUGCCACGUCCCGCACCCAGCCGGUGUGCGCCUUGCCGCCGUUCGCGACGGGCUCCAGGUCCCACGCGUCCGCGUUCGGGUCCUCGCGGCGCCAGACCUUGACGAGCGCGUCGCACCCGCCGGUCGCGAGGCGCGGGACGAGCGCGCCCUCGGCCGUCGCGGACCCCGUCGCUUCGACGGGGCACCAGCUGCAGGACGUGAGGCCGAGGGGGGAGGCCAGGAAGGACGACGCGGCCCACUCGCCGCUCGUCGCGUCGUGCGCGAGGAUCGUCGCCCGGCCGUCGCUGGCGGCGCAAGCCAGCUGGAGCACCCCGGCCCCCUCCGGCGCCCAGCACACGGCGUUCACCGACGCCCCCUCGCCGCCCGACCACGCGUGCACGGCCGUCCAGCGGCCCGGGGCGUCCUCCUUGUGGACGAGGACCUGGCCGUCGUAGCCGCAGCUCGCCACGACCUGGCCGUACCGGGGGUGCGCCCAGCAGACCUGCCAGACGGGGCCCCCGUGGCCCGUUAUCGUCGCCUCGUGCGCCGUCGCCUCGCCGUCGGCCGCGAAAAUUUUCACGGUCCCGUCCGACGAGCACGUCGCCAGGCGCCGCGCGUAGUAGUCCCAGGCCACGUCGUGGACGUGGUCCUCGUGCUGCGUGUCGAGGAGCUGCGGCGCGGCGGCCUCCGGCCGCGUCGGCGCAGCGGCGGCAGCCAUUGCAGGGUCACCUCGAGCCUCAAAGAGCCUCGCGAGCUCGCGAUACACCCGAGAGCAAAACCCGCGCGU